UCUCAUGGAAGACGAAGACGGAAGACGACGAGCUAUAUGACCAAAGAGUCCUUAGUCUUAAUGGACCAGAUACUGUUCAACAUUUUCACCAGCAAGUCGCAGUACUUGUCCGAUUUCACUCAGGGUGCAGUUGGUACCAUCAUGCAGAUCGGCUUCUUUAUAAAUAUAUUCGCCAAACAGCAUGUCAAGGAUGAGCUCUGCGCCAAGUUCAUACGCCACCCGGUAUCAUUAUGACCCCAGACCAGCACGUUCUCUCAUGCACUCACAAUUAUUGAGCCGCUGAGUACAAUGUUCCCAAAUCCAACCAUUGAAACCAUUUCUUCCUCUGAGAUGAUGAGCAGAUUGAAGACUCAUUGCGGUAUACCGGGAAGCAACAAUGCGACACUGCAAAUCUUAACAGACCACCUAGACAAGGAAGGUAUUCGCUAUACCAUCCAUGUCCGGCGCCGGGGUGACUUUAUAGUCACCCAGCCUCAUGAGUACCACAUGGUUGUGAGCCCGACACCAUCCACUGCAUUCUCUAUGAAUUACAAUUUCGACUACGGGGAGCAGGCAGGCAACAACCCAGGCCUACGCGCCUGUAGCGAAUGAUCAUUUACUGUCACAUACUGUCUAUCCAAUAAGGCCAUUUCACCACCCCAUGUAUAAGCCAAACUCGAGAUCUUCGACCAAGGUACCCUACGAGCCCUACGCGAUCUUCGGCGACCGUGCUGUCCAGGCACUCAUCGGCUCACAACACGCGCUGGCAACAGCUUCGACUAGUCGUAGUGAUACAUGAACCUAAUCCAUCCGAGACGGGUUCUAGACGUAACGAACUUUUGUUAUGAUCACCUGGUAGCCAUGAACUCUUAUUAUUACUUAUCCCAUCUCAUCGGAGCUCGCCUCAACGAAGUCCUCAACCCAACAACCCCCA